AUGAGAGCCACGCAACUGCCGCCAAACCCCAUGGCUAACCCCCCAGAAAAUAAACCAGUGGCCCCUAGUGGGCGUAAAGCAGCUAAAUAGUCUCGCCAUUUUGAUGAGUAUGCCUCCAAAAACCUACAGACGGACAGGGCACGUCCUGUCACAGAACCUGUGGUUGGACCACAACUAAGAGCCCCUCACCGGGCAAAAUCGGUGAGGAAAUGGAAGAGGGCUAAGGCCCUAAUCGAAUCCUCCAACUCUGAAUCGGGGCAAGAGGAGGCACAGAGCGAGUCCGAGGAGGAGGACUCUGAUGAUUCUAAUAAUCAAUUGCUGGAAAAUGACUCCGUCACAUUCACGGGUAUGGACCACAAAGAUGGAGCUGAUGACUCCGCCCUAGUUGACCAUCGGGGCGAACCAUUGUUCGACCCGGACACCCUACAACACCCGAGGUCCUCCAAGUGGUACCCACUGGACCACGUAGCGAAGUAUAUCGCUGCCCGCAUCAGAAAACCACUGGAUAAGGUGGCGCGGAACAAACUGCGGGCAGAAUGCCCACGCCCUACGAUCCCGGAUAUGGCAUGUGCCACCCCAGAGGUGGACCCAAAAAUCACCAAUUUUUAG